UCUGCGACCCAGCAGCAAGGGUGCUCACGGCUCUGGAACCUGCCCUCGGGGCCCCGGAGAUAUGGGGCCUGCAGGACUCCUGGGGCCUUUAAGUUUCCCUGAUCCUGUAUCUCUGGUACCCAGUGGAGCCGGACCUGAGCCCUACCGUCGAGUGAGGACCGUCGCCGCUGGGCUCUCUUAUUUGUAUCUUUCCACCCCGCUGCCCCGGGGCACUCGGCCUGUGGUUCCCACAGAGGGCGCUGAAUUCCGCGGCCCCGAGGCGCAGCGCUCGGACAGAUUCUGGGCGCAGCCUUUCCUGCGUACCAAGAAGCUGCCUCUGGGCCGGCACAUUUCCCUCCACUUCCUCACUCUCCCUCGCACAUUACUGACUGUACCCACUCUUAACAGGGGGCUAGCUGUUGGAAGUGUUGAAGCACACGCAAUUCAAACAGGAAAAAGAAAGUAUUUGCUAUAUUCAACACAUGCACACAUAACUACUGUGUGCCAAAUACUGUUUGGGGCGAUGGUCUUGCAGCGGGCAGCAACGGGGUAUGGGCUGGGCUCUGCACCCUUCUACUCGCUCUCUACCCAUGAAUCCGCCAGCCGCCGAGAUGGGGUGGGGGGUGUCCAGGGACCGCACAGUCCCGGCGCGGUGCCGGCCAGUACAAGACCACAGCUCGUCUGGGGGCUCCCAGAGCCCCCGCGUCCGCCGCCGCGCAGCGCGAAGGCGGUGGGCUCUCCAGGUCAGGGCCCGGCCCACGGGCGCUUCCAGCGGAGGGAGCUAGCGGGCCGGACAUCCCGCCCACGCCCGGGCCUCUCGCGGCUCCACCCAAGGGCGCUCAUCCGCAGCGACCUCAGCGCCGGCCUCUCGCGCUGGGGGGCCCACGCCCGUAAGUCUGGACACGGGCUGACAGUCGGCGUCCGGAAAACCCAGUCGUAAUUGGAGAGUAAAUCGUAAAUACAUGCGAACCGACCAGCCACUGCGGCAUUUCCGUGAAACACCCCCCGCCCGCGCCCCCCCCCUCCCCGAAAAGCUAGGGUAGGCUUCAGCAGAUUCUCCAAGGUUGCGAUCUGGAGCCCUGCACCCUCCAGUUGCCUGGGGCCUGGGGUAGGGGAGCGGCCAGCAGGAGACAGCCUUGCUGCAGGGAUGAGGGACACCUGCGCUAAGAGGCGGCUUUCGUCCUCCACAGGCACUUACUGUCUCUCUGGAGAACAUACCCAAGUCUCUGAACCAAGUAUUUCUUUUACAUGAAUUUGUAUUUAUUUAUCACAGUCCUUUCAACAGGCUUGGAAAAUAGCCUUCACGUUGUAUACCUGUAGGCUCGUGAACUCCAGGAAGGCAAGGCCGGGGUUCCUAUCGGGUGUCCGGAGCACAGUACAGCUCCCAGCCGAGUGGCCAGUCUGUCCAUCAAUAAAUAUUAACGGUGAGUGGGCUAUGGCAGUGAUCGCCUAUUGGUCUCCCUGCCUCUUACAUGUGCUCCUAAUUAAAUUCAGCAGCCGUACACCUGAUGCUCCUACAGGCCACGUGUUCCCUGCUAUCGUCCUCAGCCAGCAGUCUUUGAACUGUCCAGUUUCUCUGUGUUCUCUGAAAUCAGUUUUGGAAUUUGUAUUAUAAGUUUGAAUAAUUUCAAAGGACAAAAUAAUUUCUGGCUUAUUGUAUAUAUUGACAUUUAAAACUGUUAUAACAUCUUUUAGAAAAUGUAUCUAGUGGAAUCUACAUACCAGAGUAGAGGCUGAUUUAGUUGGUAGAACAUGCAACGCUUGAUCUCAGGCCCAUUAGUUGGACCCCGUA